CCGCUACUAGGAUAAGGAAGCUAGCCAUGCAAAGAAACGACGCAUGCGUACUAUCUCCCGGCGCCGCCGCUCAGAAGCGGUCAAAGUUCAAGAAGUGCUGACGCGCCGGAGGCGCAAACGGGGCGUGUCGGCCUCAUGAUGGGCAGGGCUUGUCUGCACUGGGCGGAGUUCAUGGAGAGAGGCGGAAGUGCUGGCUCUGGGGACUUUGGUGGCUUCUCUACAGUCUUCCACGCGGCUGUCUCCCAAGCAUAAACUGAUAUUCGGCGAGUUAAACGCAAGAGAAGUGUGAUUUCCAUCCGUGACGAGGUCAGGACACCUGUGCACCCUAAAGGCUCCGGAGCUCUCAAGUUAGGAGGUGUUCUCGCGCCACUAACUUUGUGAAUUCCACCUGAGGUGAGGAAGUUGAGGCUUUACCACGCUAACUCAUCACUGCUGCUGCUUCUUUAAUUUGACUUCCUGUGGAUAUACUGUGGCUGGCUAGUGGCCUCAGGAAUAUGGUGAUGUUACCUAGGGAGGGUACUUACUGCAGAAAACAUCUUACAUUAAGAAGAAGAGGAUAAGAAGAAUGAAAUAUGCAGAUGUGCUACUUAAAGGUUGAAGAAAUAUGGACACCAACACCAAACUGGUCUUCAACAGUGUUAUUACCAGUUUUUUCACCUUUCAGCUUCUUUUCUACUUUAUAAGUUUCUGGUUUUCAGCGAAAGUUUCUCCAGGUUUUAAUAGUCUCAGCUAUGAGAAGAAGAUUGAAUGGAACUCAAGAGUAGGAUCUACAUGCCAUUCUUUGGUGGUUGGGCUUUUCGGCCUAUACAUUUUGUUUUUUGAUGAGGUUGCAAAGGCUGAUCCACUUUGGGGUGAUUCAUCGCUUGUGAAAGUGAAUAUCUCUAUUGCUACAGGCUACCUCAUUUCUGAUUUGUUGAUUCUCAUUUUGUAUUGGAAAGUGAUUGGUGACAAAUAUUUUAUAAUUCACCAUUGUGCAGCGCUGUAUGCAUACUACUUUGUACUGAGGGAUGGAGUCCUGGCAUACAUUGGGAAUUUUCGCCUGCUUGCAGAACUUUCCAGCCCUUUUGUGAAUCAGCGGUGGUUCUUUGAAGCUCUGAAGUAUCCUAAAUUUUCCAAGGCUAAUGUCAUCAAUGGAAUACUCAUGACAGUGGUGUUCUUCAUCGUACGGAUUGUCCCAAUACCUCCUUUUUAUAGUUACAUAUAUUCCUUGUUAGAAACAGAAGCCUACAUAAGGCUUGGAUUUUUAAUCCAAUGUUCCUGGAUCUCUACUUGUGUUGUUUUGGAUGUGAUGAAUGUCAUGUGGAUGAUCAAAAUUACAAAGGGUUGCAUCAAAGUCAUCUCUCUCAUCAGACAAGAGAAAGCCAAAAGUAGUCUGCAGAAUGGAAAACUUGACUAAAGGUGGGCUACUGAUAAGCACACUUCAUUACUACCCACAUUAUAUCUACUGAUAGGAUGAAUUCUUGGCAUGUUCUAGUACUUCUUAUUAAUUAUAUUUGUUAACAAGGGUUUCAGUGCUCUUUUUUUUAAUCUUUAGAAAAGAGACUAAAACUUAGUUUUUAUUCCAAGAUUUCUUUUCUGAUUUUCUUCUGCAUUGUAGCAUGGAUAAAAUCUUAAAGAUUUAAAUAAAAAAUUAUACAUAUAAUGGUGAAUCUUUUCAGGAAUCUGUUAACCUGCAUUCGUAUUUUUCUCUGUGAAAAGGCAACUGUGCUUAUUGGGUGCACUUGGUUUUAUGUCAUCAGAUUUGCUGAAAGAUGGAAACUGCUUUUAUAUGUGUAAAUAGCCCUCAACAUUUUGUUGUACUGCACUCAUUUCCCACUGUGGCUGUCAAUACCCGUUUAGGGCUUAAUUUCUAAAUUGUUGAAAUGUUUUCUUUGGCUGUUAGAAAUGAUGUAUUUUUUUGUUUAGAUAUGCUGUUGUUUAUGAGUGAUGAAGUAUUUUGCUUACUUUGG